AAUGGGGCAAAGCAAAAUGUUGAGAACUCUCAUCUUUUUACGCUUUGCCAAGCAACAGUGGCCAGUUUUAUUAAAAAGAAGCACGGAAAACAAAGUGUUCAUUCUGGCAUACCCUUUGCUAACUUCGCUUUGUUGUUAAAGUAUGAUUGCCAAUCAAAGCGAAGAAAUUCGAGAAUGGGCCAGAAUCAGAGGGAAAAACUUUAAAUUGCAACAACAUUGCUAGUGGGGACAGCUAAAUUGUCAGCUGUUGGUUCUUUUUAAGCUUUCGUUUAAAAUACGCCGGCAUAAUCUCGAAUAAUUAUUAAUGAGUACGGGAAUAGUUUUGUAUUGACGAUAUCUAACAAAUAAUUGCGAUAAAAAGAACUUAGCAGAUAUCAGUACAAUGUCGUUCUUUGCAAGGGCGCUGUUCCGAAAAGUACCAACUUUAUGCCACAAGGCGAGUAGUCAGCAAAUAGCUGUUAGCCGGCUUUUAAAUCAAACUGCUCCACUUCUGGCCGUCAAAGUGCAACGCGCCGCGCCUGACUUUAAAGGUUUGGCCGUUGUGGGCAAUGACUUUCAAGAAAUAAAGCUUGCAGAUUUCAGAGGAAAAUACUUAGUUUUAUUUUUUUACCCCUUGGACUUUACUUUCGUUUGCCCUACUGAAAUUAUUGCAUUUAGCGAACGCAUCGAAGAAUUCAAAAAAUUAAACGCUGAAGUAGUUGGAGUAUCUGUAGACUCACAUUUCAGUCAUUUGGUUUGGUGCAACUCGGAUCGUAAAGAUGGAGGGCUUGGCGGCCUAAGUUACCCUCUUCUUUCUGAUUUAACCAAAAAAAUUUCUAGUGAUUACGACGUUCUAUUAGAUAAUGAAGGUAUUUCUUUGCGUGGCACCUUUAUUAUUGAUCCCAAUGGUAUCGUACGUCAAUACUCUAUUAAUGAUUUACCGGUCGGCCGUUCAGUGGACGAAGUACUACGCCUCAUAAAGGCAUUCCAAUUUGUGGAUGAACACGGAGAGGUCUGUCCAGCAAAUUGGCACCCAGAUAAGAAUCCAGACACAAUCAAGCCAGACGUAGCUGAUUCAAAGGAUUAUUUCAAAAAGCACGGAUAAGGAAGCACUUUUUCUCUAUAUUUUCUUCUUUUUAUCCAUUAAAAUUCAGUACUGCAAUUUAUAAUUAAAGUAAAUAUAUAUGAAGAGUCCUGGACAACUAGUUGUGUAUAGCUUUAUUGAGUGAAUAAAAUUAACUUGAAAACUA